AUGGAAAAGGAGAUUGCAGACCUCCGCCGCCGCUUAGGACCUAAUUCGGACCAUGAGCAAACAGGAGAGCUCCAUGACCCCCAUGUAGGCGAUGAAAUGUCCCAUUGCUCAGAGGACGUCUUCUCUCGCCGGGAAUCUGCCGCGAUUGAUCAAUCGCGCCAUGUUUCAGUGCCAGUUGAGGCGCAUCCAUCUAUAGCAACUCCCUUAACUAUGAAAAGGGAUGGCUCCAUCAUCUCUCAGGACGAAGGCCAAUGGAGACUGGAGGAUAUCUCUCUCUCUAGAGGCCGUGUUGACUACCGGGUGGUCAAGGCACUUUGUGUUUUAUGUACUUGGCCCCUGCCGACAACGAGCCAGCGUACCGAUGCAACUUUCAUGCUAAGCGGAUUGAUGAUGCAAAUUGCCAUGCAACUGGGACUGCAUCGCCCAGUCCAAGCAGAAGAGUUCACAACAUUCCGCAUGGAAGUACAAGGUGAAGCGCUCAAGGAUCGACUCCAUACGUGGGUCAUCUGUAACAUCGUGGCCCAAAAUGUUGCGACUGGUUACGGCCAGCCAGCCACCACUAUAUACGAUUGGGUCCUUGAGCCUGCCUCUUUGAGAGAUGCCGAUUACCGACUCCCUGAUGAGUUGGCCAUCCGCUUGCGAAUUGAAAAGUUUUGCGAUAGGGUGACCAAGGCCUUGUACAGCAGUAAACCAGAGCCGGCGGAAUUUAUCAGCGCCGAUAAACUCAUGGUUGUGCAGAUCUUGGAGAGUGAAUUAAAUGAGAUGGAGGCCGACUUUGGCAGCGACUUAUCUCCUGUUAAUAUGAUCCAUAUCCGCGCUGCAGAAUUGCACUUCCGAUACUUCAUGUUCUUGGGUUCCAAGCCGCGAGACGACGACCUCACGAAACUCUACACGGCAACAACAUCCUUCCUUAGUCGAGUACUCGGUCUCGAAACAUUUCCGGGUGAAUUGAUUGGCCACUCUACCAACUACAUCCUCCAGAUGAUCGUUUCGGCUGCCUUUGCUCUUAUGAAGUUGUUGAAGAGCAGAAUCAGUCGGUUCAUCGACUUCAGCCACGGCAAGAUACUGUUCAAUGGUGCGAUCUCAGCCAUUCGCCGAAUCAGUGUGAUGGAUCAUGACCGCCCCAUCCGUCUCGCGGACAUUCUUGCCCAGAUGUGGAAUGCCACGAGUUUAGAGCCGGCAGAGGAAGAUGCCUUACAGCUCAAAGUGCGUUGUCGGAUGAGUAUGAGUCACGUCUACGACACAGUGUGGCGUUGGCGGCAGCGGUUCAGACCCGUGAAAAGCUUGGAGGAAAUGCAAGCUGCUGCCAUUGCGGCGAACCAAGAUAUACUUGGACCGGCAGGUCAUAUGACGCGGCCACAAGAUAACUCCAUGGAUGAUGCGUCUUUGAUGAUGCCGGCUCAGUUUGACGAAGGCGGUGCUUUCUUUAGUGAAGCUGGAUUCUCAGAGGUUUUCGAUUCUUUAAAUUGGGUGUUUGAUGGCAUUCCCGACUCAUUUGUCGCACCGCCAGUUCUAUAG